AACUGUUGUUUCCCCCACGUUGUAGCAUCGAGCACACACAACAAAUAACUCUUUAAAGUUUAAUAGACAUAUUAUUUGUAGUUUAGACCCGUACUAUAUGUAAAUGCAAGCUAAGCUCGUGUUAGCUUUAGCAUUCAUAGUCAACUUGCCUUAAGGGUUUCAGCAAAAGUGAAAGCUAACGUUAACUUGAGUCAACAUCCUCACACUACCUUACCAUGCAGAUACAAGUUAGCGUUAGCUAGCUGCUAACGUUAUUGACCGUUAAUUAGUUAGCUAGCACACAAUAUAACAUAACGUUUUCUUUAUAAACGUGGUUUUCUUUUGGUAACUGCGACAAAAGUUAACGUUACCGUAAUGCUUGUGACGCCUUUCGUUGACCUCUUGUCUGGUGUAAACAGAUCCCUGUAAUCAUGUCCUCGGAGAGCACCUUGGAUGAUGAGGAUACCUUCAAGAUCCUCAUCGCCACAGACAUUCACCUCGGUUACCUCGAGAAGGAUGCUAUCCGCGGUAAUGACACCUAUAACACACUGGAUGAGAUCCUGAAAUGUGCCAAGACAAAUCAGGUGGAUUUUAUCCUGCUGGGUGGUGAUUUGUUCCAUGAGAACAAGCCGUCACGUCGAUGCCUCCACAACUGCAUCACUAUGCUAAGAAAAUACUGCAUGGGUGACAAUCCUGUACACUUCAACAUUAUGAGUGACCAGACUGUCAACUUCAACACCACCCAGUUCCCCUGGGUUAACUAUCAGGAUGAAAACCUGAACAUCUCUAUUCCUGUAUUCAGCAUUCACGGUAACCAUGAUGAUCCAACUGGGGCUGAGGGUUUGUGCGCGUUGGAUCUGCUGAGUGCUUCUGGUCUUGUCAAUCACUUUGGUCACUCCCAGUCAGUUGAGAGGAUAGAGAUUAGUCCCAUUCUCAUGCAGAAAGGCAGCACCAAGCUGGCAUUAUUUGGUCUUGGUUCUAUCCCAGAUGAGCGCUUGUACAGGAUGUUUGUCAACAACCAAGUAACGAUGCUUCGCCCCAAAGAAGACCAAGAUGAAUGGUUUAACCUCUUUGCCAUCCACCAGAACAGGAGUAAGCACGGACCCACUAACUACAUCCCUGAGCAGUUUCUGGAUGACUUUAUCGACUUGGUGGUGUGGGGUCAUGAGCAUGAGUGUUUGAUUGCGCCAACCAGAAAUGAACAGCAGCUUUUCUAUGUGACACAGCCCGGCAGCUCUGUAGCUACCUCCCUGUCCCCUGGAGAGGCAACCAAAAAGCACAUAGGACUGCUGAGGGUGAAAGGUCGUAAGAUGAACCUGAAAAAGAUCCCCCUAAACACAGUGCGUCAGUUCUUCAUCCAAGAUGUGGUGCUGGAUGACUACCAAGAUCUCUUCACACCUGAUACACCCCAUGUCACAAAGAAGGUGGAGGACUUGUGCUAUGCAAAGGUCACAGAGAUGAUAGAAGAGGCUGAAAGAGAAAGACUUGGAUGUCCACUCACCCCAGAGAAACCUCUCAUUCGCCUGAGGGUGGACUACACUGGAGGUUUUGACACGUUCAACACGGCUCGUUUCAGUCAGAAGUUUGUGGACCGUGUAGCUAACCCAAAAGAUAUCAUUCACUUUCUCAGACGGCGUGAGCAAAAAGAAGACAUCAAAGAUGAGAUCAAUGUUGACUAUGGCAAAAUAUUAAAAACCACAGCAGUCGAGGGUCUGAGAGUGGAGGACCUGGUUAAACAGUACUUUGAGGCAACUGAACAGAAAGUGCAGCUGUCCCUUCUGACCGAGCAGGGCAUGGGGAAGGCCAUUCAGGAGUUUGUAGACAAAGAUGAGAAAGAUGCCAUUGAGGAGCUGAUCACUUACCAGUUAGAGAAGACACAGCGCCACCUCCAAGCCAGAGGAGUAACUACAGAGCAGGAUAUAGACACAGAAGUGCGGCGAUUCAGAGAAUCCAAAAAGAACACAACUGAGGAAGAGAAGGAAAUCAAAGAAGCUAUGGACAGAGCCAAAGCUCACCGUUUGGAGCGCGGCGAUGAGCCAAUGGACCUGGACGUAUCUGAUGAGCUCGCUAUGGACUCUGACGAAGGCUCUACCCCAUUUCCUCCUGCCACGCGAGGCAGAGGGCGAGGAAGCAGGGGGCGGGGUGGCCGGGGAAGGGGGAGAGGUGCAACUGCCACCGAACCAAAGCCAGCCGGUCGUGGCCGUUCCCAGAAAUCCUCAGCAGCAACCCAAAGCAGAAGCAUUAUGCAAGCAUUUCAAGCUCCGUCCCAGAAAUCAUCUCGAACUGCAGCCUCUGCAUCUUACAAAGCAGAUGAAGUGACCAUUGAUGACUCAGAUGAAGAUAUACCUGUCACGAAAGCAUCCCUCCCCCCUCCAAAAUCAGCAUCGUCGUCAUCAUCAUCCUUCACUAAGUACAGCUCUCAGAGCCAGAGCCAGUCUAGAGGAAUUGCAUUUGAUGACAGUGAUGAUGAUGAGGACGACCCAUUCAAAGGCCGCAGUCGUUCAAGAAGAUAACCAUAAGUACAUUUAUUAUGUAACACUUGUUAACGUUGAUUUACCAACUUAUUACCUAUUGUUCUUCUGAAGGACUUCAAAGUGCAUGUUUCAGUUAUCUCAGCACACCGUCUUACUAAUGUUGACCAUACAUUAUUAAGUUUGAUCAGUCACUGCUUAGGGUUAAACUAUCCAUUCGGUCUGUUUUGGUAAAAGGGCUAGGCUAACAGCUAACGGCUACAGAGGAGCAAGGUGGAGAUGACUUUGAGACAAGACUUGCUCUACAUAAUGACAUAUGCUGCUGUACAUCAACAUUGAUCACUGUUGGGUUUUGCCAUUUGAUAUUCAGGAAACUAUAAAUGUUUUUCAUACAAAAUCAACUUUACUUUUGUUUUGUAAUUAUUUUCUGUGUCUUGUGGCUACAAAGUCAGAGAAAUACCUUCCUGAAAGAGCUUAUAGAGUAAUACAUAGUCAAAUUUGGCUUGAAUUGCACUUGGCUCUUUGUACUGACCCUCUAUCCCCUUUUGUGUUUUGUCGCAUCUUCUCCUCACUAAGCAACUCAUUUGUCUGUUAUUGCCCCAGAUAUAGGUGAAGCCCUGUGCUCUCUUAUUUUCUGUCCCUCUAAAACUGGUUCAGCUGCAGUUCAACUUAAAAAUAUAAAGCAUGUAAGGUUGGUGCUAAGGUGGAAAAGUGGCCACACACAGAUGUAUCCACCAUAGGGGGGCAGUAUAGUUAAGCCCAAGGCAUAGGGUCACAGUGGAAAAAUUUAACUUCCUUGGACAAUGCCUCGUCUUUUUGAGGUAUGGUCCAGAAAUUUGAGACGAAAAUUGUCAUAUUCAUCAUCUAUUGUUCCCAUGAUAAGGAUUUACAUGUAUUCUUCUCCUCGUUGUGCCUUUU